UUUUUAUAUAAAAUAAAGUAGUCAUUCACUAUAUCUUUAUAAGUUUAUUACAUAAGAAAACACAGUUAAUAUUUUUUUUUUUAAAUAAUACACGGUUUCAAAUUUUCAUACUAUGAUUUUAUCCGUUAUUUAUUUAAGCUGUGUUAUUUAAUAUUAUGUAUUUAUCUUAUGUCACGACAGGAAAAUAUCUUAUUACCGUCGGAAUUUUCCGACGGAUAAAUAUACGCCAGCAACGGUGACGGCACCACCGGCGAAAAUGUUUGCCGGUGAUUUUACGACGGCAUUUUUGGCGGCUUAUCUGUCGCUAUGUUACCGGCGGCUAAUACGUUGGUUUUGCGCUAGUGUUAUAAAUAUAGUGGCGCAUAAUCCGCCGGUAAUGACCGACGGAUUUUCCGACGUAUUUGGUGUCGGCAUAACUAAAACACGACGAGAUGAUACAGGCGAAAUUUCCGCCAAUAAAAUUACCGUCGGACAGUCCGCUGGAACAACGCCGGUAAUUAACUUAUAUUGGGCGAACCCUAGCGCUGCCUUCUCAUUUCCUCUGUUCGACUUUGCUACUUCGACGUUGUUCAACUUCGCUCCUUGGACGUUGUUCCUCCUUCGACACUGUUCGACUUCGCUCCUUCGAUCUCAGCCCGCUACAACACCACCUCAGCCCGCUACAGCACCACCUCAGCCCACUACAGAGGGUCGCAUAUUGAUUGAACCUGACGGUGACACGUUUAAUUCGUCAAAGCAGCCAACGUAUAAAAUACGUUACAUAAUACGGAGCAAAUACGAUACUCCUUAUAUUUCUUGGAAGAAAGUCUCGAAAGAAGUACGGGACAUGUGGUUUAGAGAGUUUGAGAAAGAGGUGCUGGAUAGAGAACCGACUCCUGUUGAAUUGCAUAGUCGUACCCACAAGCAGCAGGAGGAACAACAAUGGGUUGACGAGCGAGCGAGGAAAGCUUAUGAGGAGUACACACGGCUUCGAGAGAGUCAAGCUGCAGCAGGUGAAUGUCCUUCUGGUGGAUCAGCAGAAUAUUUUGACUAUCGCAAUUGGUUGCAAGCGGUAGGAAGAAUGCAACACAAUAGAGUAUACGGGUUAGGCUCGCAAGCCUAUGCAUAUGAAGGGCAGACAUUUAGUGGCUCCAGUUUUUCAUCUAGUACACAGGAGUCUUUAUAUACCCAAUAGAUAUCUUCCCUAACAACCGAGCGAGAAUAGGUAAGGAAAGCACAAGCUGAUUGGCAAAUGCAAAUACAGCAGCAGCAGCAGAUGCAUAUGCAAGCUCAAAUGUUAGAAGAAAUGUGAAAGAUGAGGGAGCAUAUGAGUAGUGGGAGGAGUACAACAUCUGCUGAGGAUGAAACUGAAUCAGAGUAGAUGUUAUUUAUCUAUUUUACUGAUGUGGACAUCUAUUUUUAUUUCUUUUUUUGUCAUUUUUAUAUAUUUCUUGUUUGAACAUCUUGUUUAUGUUCAUUGUGUACUUGUUUAGUUGUUUGUUGUUUGGACAUGUUUAAUUAUGUAUUUGGUGAUGUUCUUGAUCAGAAGUUGAUGUAUAAAUGCAUAUUAUGUUGUAUUUUCUUUUAUGCAGGUUUAAUUAUAGAAAUCACUUUUCAAAGAGAGGAAGGUUUUUUUUUUCUUUCUGCUACAGGUUUCCGACGGAUAUUCUACUAGAAACCUAUCUAUAAGACGAUAUCACGAGGUUUCCGGAGGACAUUUGUGACGGUUAUUUCGCCGGUACUCUCCGACGGUAGUGAUCCAUCGGUUUGUUUCCGUCGGAUUGUCCGCCGGCAUUUUCGGCGCAUUCUUUCCGCCGCAAAUGCCGACAGAAAAGUCAACGGAAGAUAAGGACCAAAAUGUCACCGGGACAUGCAAAUAUUCCGCCGGAAAAACCGUCAGAAAAUAGUUCCGAUGAAAAGAAUAAGAUGGAAAAAGUUUCCGACACAUAAUUUACCGUGGAAGGAAUUUUCGUCGGAAUUCCUCAGGAAACCUAUAUUUUCCGAUGCAUUUCGGUCUUUACCGACGGAUUAAGGCCGCCGGUGAUGAUUGCUUUUCCUGUAGUGUGUAUAUCGUGCAAUGUUGAAUAAAAAAUAGUGGUCACUACUAUAACUCUACAAGCUUUAUUCAAUUGAUUUCUUUUAAUUUAUAUACAUUAUUUUUAUUUAAAAAUAUAAAAAAUUUUAAUGCCAUAUCUAAUGCCUAACCAUAAUAUUUUCAAUAAUAGACAAGUCUCAUGUUCAUGUCGGUCAUGUCAUGUCCCCAUGUCCAUGCCCAUGCCAAUGCAUCCUAGGCCAUCCUCUAAUGAAGCUAAACUCAACUAGAAGCUGUGUAUAAUCUCGAUUAAAAAAUUCCUUCAAGCUAUACUAAAAUCAACUUAAAAAUAAGGGAAAAUGAUAAUAUAUG